AUGCUCUCCACGCGCCCUCCGUCCCUCCUCAAGCGCCUGUGGCUCUCGACCCUCCGUCCCCGCGCGGAACCGCUCGCCGCCAGACCAAGAAUCAUGUCCGCUCCAGCGGCGCCUGCGUCGACCGAGGCCGCUGGUGGCCGCACUGCGGUCCGCAUCCCUGGCCCUGUGGAGACGGCCAUUCAGUCAAAGCUCAUCGAGGCCUUCCAACCCCAGCUUAUUCGCGUCUCGAACGACUCGUCAAAACACGCGCACCACGCCGCCAUGCGCGCACAGGGUGGAGGCAAUGGCGAGACCCACUUCGCCGUCGCGAUCGUGUCCGAGGCCUUCAAGGGGCAGACCCAGAUUGCCCGCCACCGCAAGGUCAAUGGCCUCCUGAAGGACGAGUUUGAUGCGGGCCUCCAUGCCCUCUCCCUUCGCCUCAAGACACCCGAGGAGUGGGAACGUGAUGAAGCUGCUGCGGCGGCGGCAUAG